AUCCUAAGCGAUUCCUUGUCCUUCUAUUGAUAAGCUCUCUUUAUAAUUGCCUCUGCAUUCUGCGGUGAGUUUUGUAUAAGCUUAGAAAAUGGAGGGGGGACUAAUUGAAGCAGAUGCUUCUGCUUUCAAGGAGUGCUUCUCUCUUUCAUGGAGGAAUCCAUAUGUUUUGAGACUCGCUUUCACUGCUGGAAUUGGUGGAAUGCUCUUUGGUUAUGAUACAGGGGUUAUUUCUGGAGCAUUGCUUUACAUACGAGAUGAUUUCUCGGAGGUUGACAGGAAAACUUGGUUGCAGGAGAUCAUAGUGAGCAUGGCUGUCGCAGGUGCAAUCAUCGGAGCAGCCAUCGGAGGAUGGGCAAACGAUCGAUUCGGACGAAAACUAUCCAUCUUAGUCGCUGACGCCCUCUUCUUUACUGGAGCUGUCAUCAUGGCCUCGACAGUUCUCAUCAUAGGCCGUAUAUUUGUUGGCCUUGGUGUCGGUAUGGCAUCAAUGACUGCUCCUCUCUAUAUAUCAGAGGCUUCUCCUGCCAGAGUCAGAGGAGCUCUUGUUAGUACUAAUGGUUUUCUUAUCACUGGUGGCCAGUUUUUGUCUUACCUUAUAAAUCUGGCAUUCACUAAGGCCCCUGGAACAUGGAGGUGGAUGCUUGGGAUCGCUGGAAUUCCUGCACUCUUGCAGUUCAUCCUCAUGAUGUUUCUGCCAGAAUCGCCUCGUUGGCUUUACAGAAAGGGAAAAGAAGCAGAAGCAAAAUCCAUUCUGAAAAAAAUCUAUCCAGCGAACGAAGUAGAUACUGAAAUCCAAGCACUUCAAGAAUCGGUAGCCUCCGAAAUUAAAGAGAAAGGCUCAGCAGAGGAGAUCAGCUUCAUAAAGCUCUGGAAAACAAAAACAGUGAGAAGAGGAUUACUGGCAGGAGUUGGGCUUCAAAUCUUCCAGCAAUUUGUGGGCAUCAACACUGUAAUGUACUAUAGCCCUACUAUAGUUCAACUUGCUGGCUUUGCUUCGAACCAAACUGCACUCGCUCUCUCGCUCGUCACUUCUGGGCUAAAUGCAAUUGGAUCAAUUGUUAGUAUUUACUUCAUUGAUCGAACUGGGAGGAAGAAGCUUUUGAUUAUAAGUUUGACCGGUGUGGUUCUUUCUCUUGCAGUUUUAACUGCAGUUUUUCAGCAGACUACUACGCAUUCACCAGCAAUUAGUGCUGCAGAGACAGCGAAGAUUGGUUCUUUUACUUGUCCAGCGUUUCAGCCAUCGUCGAAUUGGGAUUGUAUGCAUUGCUUGAAAGCUUCGUCACCAGAAUGCGGAUUUUGUGCUUCUAGUAGCAGUAAGCUUUUCCCGGGUGCAUGUUGGAUAUCAAACUCUACAGUCAAAGACACUUGCCAUGGAGAAGGCAGGCUCUGGUACACUAGAGGAUGCCCUAGUCGAUUUGGUUGGCUUGCGUUGGUCGGUUUAGCAUUAUACAUCAUAUUCUUCUCUCCCGGGAUGGGAACUGUACCCUGGAUCGUAAACUCAGAAAUCUAUCCCUUAAGGUUCAGAGGAGUUUGUGGAGGCAUUGCUGCUACAGCCAACUGGGUCUCAAAUCUCAUUGUGGCACAAUCAUUCUUAUCGUUAACAGAAACGAUAGGGACGUCAUGGACAUUUCUCAUUUUCGGGGUGAUUUCGUUGGUUGCAUUGUUUUUCGUGAUUGUUUGUGUGCCAGAGACUAAGGGACUGCCGAUAGAGGAGGUUGAAGCGAUGCUCGAUGAGAGGAGUCUUCAUUGGAGGUUUUGGAGUAAUAAGCCAGAGCAAGCGAAGAGAUUGGAAGCUUGAUACUAAUGUUAAUGGUUAUUGAUUUUAUGAAUAAGAGCAUGAUUGAACUAUGAUAGAAGACGUUUUCAGUCUCUAUAACUGGAACUGAACCCCUGUUUGUGUUUUGUCUGCACAGCAAGUAAUUUUGAAAGAAGAUGGUGAGAGGAAAAGAAAGAAACUUCUUUCUUUUCGUCCUGUUAUCUGUCCUGAUGUUUAGAAUGAUGUGCAUGAUUUUAGAACAAUAUACGUGAUCUAAUGUGAUUUGGAUUUGGGUUCAGUAUAUUACCGUCUAUUGAUUUAUUUAUUUUUU